AUGGCUCUACCACCAUCUUGCCAGGUCUUGGUAGCAGGCAGUGGAAAUGCUGGAUUCUCGGCUGCCGUCGCUGCAAAGCAGGCGGGAGCAAAAGAGGUAAUCCUCGUUGACAAAUGCCCCGAAGAAUGGGCAGGUGGUAAUUCCUACUUCACUGCAGGGGCAUAUCGCACGGUGCAUCAUGGCAAGGACGAUCUUCUCCCACUGGUCAACAAUGUCGACCAAGCAACAGCUGACAAGAUCGACAUGGAACCGUACACUGUCCAAGACUUUUCGAACGAUAUGAGAAGAGUAUGUGCUGGGAGGUCCGACCCUACCCUGAGCAAAAUCCUGGUCGAAGACUCCAAUUCUGCCGUAAAGUGGCUCAAGAAGAACGGCAUUCGUUUUCAGUUAUCCUUCAAUCGACAGGCUUACGAGAUUGAUGGGCGGUUGAAAUUCUGGGGUGGCCUAGCCCUGAAAACUGAGGACGGCGGGAAAGGUCUGAUUGAAGACCACAAAGCCGCGGCUCGCACGCACGGAGUCUCGGUGUUCUAUUCAACGGCGUUGCAAAAUCUCAUCACAGACCCAGAGACUGGGGCAGUCACGGGUGCAGUCUUAUCACAAAACGGCAAGACUGUGAAGAUCAAGACCGGUGCGGUGAUUUUGGCCGCUGGUGGAUUUGAAGCCAAUCCAAGAAUGCGGUCUCAAUUGCUAGGACCAGGGUGGGAUCUGGCCAAGGUUCGUGGCACACCUUUCAACACUGGGGAUUGUCUGGAGAUGGCGAUGCGAGACGUAAGAGCACGGCAGGCUGGCAAUUGGUCUGGUUGUCAUUCAGUGGCGUGGGAUGCCAACGCUCCCGCCCAUGCCGGUGAUCGUGUAGCGUCCAACGAAUUCACCAAAUCCGGAUAUCCAUUGGGGUUGAUGUUCAACAUCAACGGAGAGCGAUUCGUCGAUGAAGGCGUAGAUCUGCGGAACUACACAUACGCCAAAUUCGGUCGUGCUAUUCUGGGACAACCGGGACAGAAAGUUUUCCAAUUAUGGGAUCAACGAACAAUAUCUUGGUUGCGGUCAGAAGAAUAUCGCGAAGAGCGGGUGAGGAGGAUUAUGGCCGACACAAUCCCUGAAAUGGCCGAUAAACUUUCAGAGUGCGGACUGGUAGACCGACAGGCGUUCAUUGACAAUAUGGAAGCAUACAACAAGGCUGUUUAUGAAUUUCAAAAGGAGAACCCAGGGAAGAAGUGGGAUCCUGCCGUCAGAGAUGGUUGUUCAACUCAGUCUUCCAGUAUCAAGUUAUCUCUCGGGAAGACAAAUUGGGCCCUACCACUAGAUAAAGGUCCAUUCAUGGCUGUCGAGGUGACUUGCGGUAUCACAUUCACGUUUGGGGGUUUGUGGACUGUACCGGAGACAGCUCAAGUCACAUCCGACUCCGGGAGAGAGAUUCCCGGUCUUUACUGUGUCGGAGAGAUGAUGGGAGGUUUGUUCUAUGAGAAUUAUCCUGGCGGUAGUGGUUUGACAUCAGGGGCUGUGUUUGGGAGAAGGGCAGGUACCGCGGCUGCGAAGGAGGUCCUGCAGGGUGGUUCUACCGUACCAGGAACUGCAAGACUGUACGCAGGAGACCCACUGGUGAUGGCAGAGACGGUAUCACUCUGCAAGGCACACGGCGUCAAGAUUGGAGCCCAUCCUGGUCUACCUGACGUACAGGGGUUCGGACGUCGAGAAAUGACACUCUCACCCGAAGAACACACGGCCAACAUCGUGUACCAAGUCGGCGCUCUCCAGGGUUUUCUCGCCCGAGAAGGAGUCGAGCUUCACCACGUCAAACCCCACGGGAUUUUGUACGGCAUGAUGGUCCGAAACAUUGAUGUGGCACGGGCGGUGUGGGCCGGGGUACCCAAGGGUGUCAGGGUCUUUGGUCUCGCCGGGACGAACAUGGAGACGGCAGCGAAAGAAGCCGGCCUCGAGUUUGUGGCCGAGUAUUAUGGAGACGUCAAGUACCGGGCCGACGGGACCCUGAUCGUGGACAGGAAGAAGAAACCAUGGCUCACCGAGGACGUGAAAAAACACGUCCGUCAACAGCUGGAGCAUAGCUCCGUGACGGCCGUGACGGGAGAGGUUGUGGACUUGCCUGUAAAGGACUAUCAGAUCAGUAUCUGUUGUCAUUCGGAUUCGCCUGGGUGCGUGGAAAUCGUAAAAGCCACAAAGGAAAUUGUAGACGAAUUCAACAAGAAAAGGGGGCUGUGA